AUGCCUUCUUACGAACGUGUCGCUAUCCAGCGCAACCCGAAAUACACCCACAAUGGAACGAAGUCAUACGUAUUCGCCAUGAGCAAGUAUGGCUUCGACUCCACCAAACCUGGUCCUUACUUUUACGCCAAACAAUUCCAGGCGCAAGGGAAAUUCGGCAGCGCCAUUGGUGGACGCAUGAGGACGAAGCAUGUUUUGAAGAAGCGUCACCACCAUCACGACGCACCACAACAACCCAAACCCUCGGACCCUUCCCCGCCGUCGACUGGCGGAGACGAGCCGCCAUCGUCUGAUCCUGGCAAUGCGGAUGAGGUGACGGCCGAAGACAUCCAGAACGACUCGCUGUAUCUUUGCCCGACCCUGUACCUUGACUUUGACACGGGCUCCUCGGAUCUUUGGCAAAAGGUCUGGUCAACGGAACUACCACAAAGCAUUCUUAGCAAAGCCAAUGCGCAGGAACAACAAGUUGCAUUCGAUGCGACCAAGUCUAGCACUUUCAAGAAGCUGAGUGGUGCGACUUGGAAGAUCUCAUAUGGCGAUGGAUCAUCUGCCAGUGGUGACGUGGGCACCGACGUGAUUGACCUCGGUGGUCUCAAGAUCGAGAACCAAGCCGUCGAACUUGCAAAGGAGCUAUCUCAGCAGUUUACAGAGGGCAACGGAAGCGGUCUCCUCGGGUUGGCGUUCAGCUCCAUCAACACUGUCUCACCCGAGCCACAGAAGACGCCAGUCGACAAUGCGAUCUCGCAGAAAGAUGUCAAGCAGCCACUCUUCACAGCUUACCUCGGUAGUUGGCGCGACACCGACGAAGCUGACAAAGGCGAGAGCUUCUACACCUUUGGCUUCAUCGAUCAAAAUGCCAUGAAGGCAGCUGGCGCCACUGAGCCCAACUACGCCACAGUCGACAGCAGCCAGGGUUUCUGGCAGAUCCAGUCGACGAGCGCUACCAUCAAUGGCCAGACCAUCACCCGCAGCAACAACACUUCCAUUAUGGACACUGGAACCACGCUUUGCCUGGUCGAAGAUUCUCUGGUAGAGGCGGUCUACAAGGCUAUUCCGGGAUCAAAGUACGAUUCCGAGAACCAAGGCUACCUCUUCCCCGCCAACACGUCUGUGGACCAGCUACCGGACGUUACGCUUGCCAUUGGCGACGCGCAAGUGAGCUUUCAGAAGGAGGAUUUGGGCUUUGCAGAUGCCGGUAAUGGCAUGGUGUAUGGAAGUAUACAGUCGCGAGGUACGAUGGACAUGGACAUCUACGGCGACGCCGUGCUCAAGGCUAUGUACGCGAUAUUCGACAUGAACAAUGGCUCCCCGCAGUUCGGCUGGGUGCAGCGCAAGGAGGCGAACCAGAACACUUCGGCACCACCAGCCCGCUAA